AAUAGAAAGAAACAAGAUUUACCACUACAGAAGGUUCUCAAGAUUUAAGUUUACUGAUUCAGUAUUGUACCCAGCAGCCAGAUAUACUGGGAACUAUUUUUGUCAAGCUCAUUGCAUUCACAAAGAUACACACCUCUUGUAAUUCCUCGUUAAUUGAGUGUUCCUAUGGCAUCGUAUGAUUACAUUCCUGCAACUGAAUACACAAUCAAACAAACCAUCUUCAAAUUUCCAUGGAUUAGCACCACUAUCGUAAUUACCGCUUUUUGUUGCAGCCAUCUUCCGUUUGAUCGCAUUAAGCUGUGAACUUAAGGGAAGAAAAACAUUUUUGCCUUCAACGUAGCAACAUGUAGGAUCAGAUGUAAGAAAUAAAGGCCAAUAGAGCAAACAUGUUUUGAGCUUUGCCUAUAAAAGUACAUCAUUUAAAAUGGUAUGAGCGUAUCUUGUUGAUCAGACAACUGCAAGUCGUUUUGAUCAGUGGUCAUCUACGUAUGGUAUCACGAUGAAUGCUUUCUUCUCUGUUUUGGCUUUGGUGGUUCUGCCACUAUGCCUUGCUUGUGACAGCAACCUGUCAGGACUAUCUGGGACAUUUACAUCUCCAAAUUACCCUUCAAAUUACCCAGAUGGCAAAACCUGCACAACAACAAUAACAGCCCCGACAGGAAAGAUCAUCAAACUGAAAUUCAUGGACUUCGAUUUAGAAGAAGAGAGUAAUUGCUAUUUCGAUAGCGUCGAGAUAAAAGAUGGUGCAAUAGCCAAGAAGUACUGUGGAAAGCAAAUACCUCCAGAAUAUGUUUCAAAGGGCAACAUAAUUACAGUGACGUUUGUCAGUGAUGUGAUGACAAACGGCAAAGGAUUUUCAGCUUCAUACAUUGCCAGUGACCCUCCACCACCACUGCCACCAGCAACAGUGAAUGCAAAGAACUGUGGCACCACGAAAGUUGCUCAAUCCAGAGUUAUUGCUGGUCAAAAUGCAACCAAAGGUGCUUGGCCAUGGCAGGUUGGACUUUACACAAAAUACGGGACCUUCUUCUGUGGUGGAUCUCUCAUUGCUCCAAACUGGGUUGUCACUGCUGCUCAUUGCCUUGAACGCUCAAAGCCAGCAGAUAUCAAGAUCAAAGUCGGUGAUCAUGACACUCAAGUUAACGAAGGAACAGAACAGCAGGUUGAUGUUGAGAAAGUGCUUCCACAUCCGAGAUACAACGUUGGAAAAAACGCACAAGGCUGUGUCCACCAUCAGCUGAAUAACGAUGUUGGUUUAUUGAAGCUUGAUAGACCUGUGAUGCUUAACGAUCAUGUCAACACGAUAUGCCUUCCACCUCAAGGACAAAACGUUCCUGUUUCAACCCGCUGCUACAUUACUGGCUGGGGCAAAAUCAAGCAUCCUGGGGACACUCACCACUUAUUGCAGCAAGCAAUUCUCCCAGUUGUUGAUUCAGCAGUAUGCCAAACUAAGAUCGACCAAGUAAAUUAUGGUUUGAAGAUGUCCAACCAAAUGGUUUGCGCAGGUGAAGAGGGUUCCAAGAAAAGCGGCUGUCAUGGUGACAGUGGUGGUCCAUUUGUUUGCAUGGACGUAUCCGCCAAUAAGUACAUCUUGCAAGGUGACGUAAGCUGGGGCUCAGGUCGCUGUGAUACAGCCGAUGUUUUUUCUGUGUUUGGUCGUAUGUCUGAGUUCAGGCAAUGGAUCGAUGAUACAUUAAAGGCCAACUCUUGUGACAGCAACCUGUCAGGACUAUCUGGGACAUUUACAUCUCCAAAUUACCCUUCAAAUUACCCAGAUGGUAAAACCUGCACAACAACAAUAACAGCCCCGACAGGAAAAAUUAUCAAACUUAAAUUCACGGACUUCGAUUUAGAAGAAGCGAGUGGCUGCUCUUUCGAUAGCGUCGAGAUAAAAGAUGGUGCAAUAGCCAAGAAGUACUGUGGAAAGCAAAUACCUCCAGAAUAUGUUUCAAAGGGCAACAUAAUUACCGUGAAGUUUGUCAGUGAUGUGAUAACAAACGGCAAAGGGUUUUCAGCUUCAUAUGUUGUCAGCGAUCCUCCACCACCCCUUCCACCAGCGACAGUGAAUGCAAAGAACUGUGGCACUACAAAGGUAGCCCAAUCCAGAAUUGUUGGUGGCAAAAAUGCAACCAAAGGUGCUUGGCCAUGGCAGGUUGGACUUUUCAGUGAAUAUGGAUCCUUAUUUUGUGGUGGAUCUCUCAUUGCACCAAACUGGGUUGUAACGGCAGCACACUGCAUUGAUCGGUCCAAGCCAACAGAAAUUAAGAUCAGAGUCGGUGAACUUGAUACGAAUGUUAAUGAAGGGACCGAACAGAAGGUGGACGUUGAGAAAGUGAUUCCACACCCAAGAUAUCAUGUUGGAAAAGGUGCUGAUGACUGUGUGUACCACAAGCUCAACAACGAUGUUGGUUUAUUGAAACUUGAAAGACCUGUGAUGCUUAACGAUCAUGUCAACACAGUUUGUCUUCCACCACAAGGCCAAAACGUUCCUGUUGGGAAACUUUGCUAUGUUACUGGCUGGGGAAAAAUAAAGCCUACAGGAAAUGUCCACCAUAUGUUGCAGCAAGCUUACAUGCCGAUUGUUGAUUCGACAAUCUGCCAAACCAAACUCACAGCGAGCGAUCCUUUCAUGAAGCUAUCCAACCAAAUGGUCUGUGCUGGUAAAGAGGGCUCAAAUCAAGACUCCUGCCAAGGUGAUAGUGGUGGUCCACUUGUAUGCUUGGACGUAGCAUCAAACAAAUACAUUUUGCAGGGUGACGUAAGUUGGGGAUCUGGUAGCUGUAAUAUUGAUGAAAUUUACGGCGUAUAUGGGCGUAUGUCUGAGUUCAGACAAUGGAUUGAUGAUACACUGAAAAUGCGAGCACUUUUCACUGUUUUGGCUUUGGUGGUUCUGCCAUUAUGCCUUGCCUGCAAUAGAAACCUGAAUGGAACAUCUGGAACAUUCACAUCUCCAAACUACCCUUUGAAUUACCCAAAUGGUCAAAACUGCCUCACGAAGAUUGCAGCACCCAUGGGAAAGGUGAUCAAACUGCAAUUUGCAACCUUCAGUUUGGAGGAUACUGGCUCCAGCUGUAUUUUUGACUAUGUCGAGAUCUCUGAUGGAACAGCUGUCAAAAAGUACUGCGGAAAGAAAAUUCCUCCAGAAUUUAUUUCAAAGGCUAACACCCUUGAAGUGAAAUUUGUCAGUGAUUCCUCGAUUACUGAGAAAGGAUUUUCUGCAUCAUACCUUGCUACAGACCCUCCACCACCACUGCCACCAGCAACAGUGAAUGCAAAGAACUGUGGCACCACGAAAGUUGCUCAAUCCAGAGUUAUUGCUGGUCAAAAUGCAACCAAAGGUGCUUGGCCAUGGCAGGUUGGACUUUACACAAAAUACGGGACCUUCUUCUGUGGUGGAUCUCUCAUUGCACCAAAUUGGGUUGUCUCUGCUGCUCAUUGCCUUGAAGGCUCAAAGCCAGCAGAUAUCAAGAUCAAAGCCGGUGAUCAUAAUACACAACUAAAUGAAGGAACAGAACAGCAGGUUGAUGUUGAGAAAGUGAUUUCACAUCCAAGAUAUCAUGUUGGGCAAUCUUCAGAUGGCUGUGUUUACCAUCAACUCAACAAUGAUGUUGGUUUAUUAAAGCUUGCAAAACCAGUGAUGCUUAACGAUCAUGUCAACACGAUAUGCCUUCCACCACAAGGACAGAAUGUUCCCGUUGCAACCCGUUGCUACAUUACUGGCUGGGGGAAGAUCAAGCAUCCUGGGGACAGCUACCAUUUACUGCAGCAAGCAGUUCUCCCAGUUGUUGAUUCAGCAGUAUGCCAAACUAAGAUCGACCAAGUAAAAUAUGGUUUGAAGAUGUCCAACCAAAUGGUUUGCGCAGGUGAAGAGGGUUCCAAGAAAAGCGGCUGUCAUGGUGACAGUGGUGGUCCAUUUGUUUGCAUGGACGUAUCCGCCAAUAAGUACAUCUUGCAAGGUGACGUAAGCUGGGGCUCAGGUCGCUGUGAUACAGCCGAUGUCUUCACAGUGUUUGGCCGUAUGUCUGAGUUCAGGCAGUGGAUUGAUGACACACUCAAGGCCGACUAAAAGGAUGAUGCACUUAUUAUAACAACAGGUCUCUAAAUUAUAAAAUGUGAUUUAAAGUUAUUAAAAUCAACAUUUUAGAAAUUAAUGCAAAGCAUA